UAAUCGAGAGGUUAAGAAACAUGAUGCUUGGCAAAAUGGUACAAAAAUUGGCUCGGGGAAGUACCUAUUUUCGGGUGAAGGCAAGGGGUCUGUGAGCUUCCCCAUUUUCGAAGCGUGAUCUGGUUUGGAUAUAUAAAUUCUUGAUCAAGUCUGGAUUAUCGAGGACUGGAGAAUAUGGUUGUCUGUCAAACAAUUGCAGAUUCCCACAUAUCUAUUUCUAUAUGCAUCUAUAUACUAUACAUUGGAGGCUAUGUCGAAGCACCUAGUAACUAGGCUCUGCGCGCUGUUUUCUGAACACGAAUUUCGGUGGGUUUCUAAUCUGGAGAAUGCUUUGACUGACUUAAUAGACCCACAAAUCCUCACACCAUCUCUUGUUGCAGAGGUUCUUCACAGAAAUGAAAAGCACCCUUCUUUGGCGUGGAGAUUUUACAAGUGGGUAUUGGGGGAAAAAGAUGCUCAUUGUAGUCACAGUUUAGCAUCAAUCAGAGCCAUUUCUGACAUCCUCUGCAAAGCAAAAAUGGUUUCCCAACUCAGACAACUGUGCCAUAAUUUGUAUGAAGAAGAAGACGCAGAGAUUGCUGUUCCAGCACUUUGGAACCUUGUGAUAAAAUUGGCAAAAGCUGGAUUUGUGGAUGAUGCAUAUGCAAGCUUCGAGGAGCUGAAGAAAAAAUACAACAAUGGUGUUGCUCUGAAUGUCAGGAUUUUUAAUGUAUUAUUGGAAGCUUUUUUGAAGAAGGACAGGCCAGAGAUGGUUCCUAUGCUCUACAGGGAAAUGCGAAGUAGAAAAAUCCAACCAGAUGCAUUUACAUUUAAUAUUAUGGUUCAGGCCUUGUGUGCUGUGGAUAGGGUGGAUGAUGCCCAAACUCUGGUGCAGAAAAUGGAUGUAAAGGGUUGUGCUCCCAAUGUUUUUACAUACACCAUUUUGGCCAAAGGAUUAUGUGAGAGAAGCAGAACAGACCGAGCUUUGGAGCUGUUGGCAGAAAUGAGGUUACGUGGGUGCAAUCCUAAUAUUGUAACAUACAACACUGUUAUUGAUGGUCUCUGCAAGGAGGAUAAUGUGGAGAAGGCACAACAGCUGGUUGAACAACAAAUUCCAGAUGAUGGAUGUGUUCCCAAUGUCAUUACGUACAAUUCUUUGAUUAAUGGCUUCUGUAAAGUGGGGAAGAUAGAGAGUGCGUUGAAAAUACUCAAAGACAUGGAGGAUAAGCUGCUUCCUGGCCCUGACACAACUUCUUUUAACACGAUUCUUGAUGCAUUCUGCAAGCAAGGUAAACUGAAGAAAGCCUAUAAGAUUAUGGAGCACAUGAAGGGCAUUGGACAUACUUGUAAUGUGGUUUCUUACAACAUUAUUUUAGGUGGACUGGCCAAACUAGGGAGGAUUUCUGAGGCUCGUAGGGUCUUUGAAGAAAUGAUUGGGGAUAAUAUUGCUCCAGAUGUAGUCUCCUACAACAUAUUAGUGGAUGGCAUGUGCAGAGAGGGCAUGGUGUCUGAUGCAAAGAUGAUGUUGAAAGCAAUGACAGGAAAUGGAAUCAAAGCAGACACUGUAACAUACAGCACAAUGCUUGAUGCAUAUUGCAAGAGAGGUAAGAUUGUGCAGGCAAGAGAGUUGCUAGGUGAAAUGUUGAGGAAAGGUCUUUUACCUAAUACGGCUACUUACAAUAUAUUGAUCCAGAGUGCUACUAAAGAGGGCAGGAUAUCAGAAGCAGAAAAACUUUUGCAGAAAAUGAGGGAUAGAGGCCUUACUCCAAAUACCAUAACCUGUAAUAUCAUAAUUCAAAGCCUCUGUAAAAAUGGUGAACUAGACAAAGCUAUUCAAAUUAUGGAAUCAAUGUGGCUACAGGGCAGUAAUGCUAUUGUGGCUAAUGGCAACAUCGAUGAGGAGGUCUCUUUGGGACUAGUAAAUGAAAAUAAAAUUGAAAGUUGCUUUCCUAAUGCUGUCACUUAUUCCACAGUCAUUGAUGGCUUAUGCAAAGAGGACAGAAUGGAUGAAGCAAAGAUACGAUUUGUUGAGAUGUUGGAGAAAGGCAUCAAAUCGGAUGCAAUUGUUUAUAGUACCCUAAUAGAUGGAUUUUGUAAGCAUGGAGAAUUGUCGAUGGCUUUCAAACUCUUAAAUGAGAUGCAAACAAGGGGAUGUGUUCCCACAAGAGGAACCUACAAUAUAUUGAUGCAGGGUCUUUGCAGUAAAGGGGAGAUAGACAGGGCUUAUAAAUUGUUAGAACACAUGCAAAAGAAAGGUUAUGCACCUGAUGCAUAUACUUAUGGCAUGAUAAUGAAUUGCCUUUGUGAAGGAAGCAAACUGAACAAAGCUCAAGCCCUUUUAGAGGAGUUGUGGCAGAAAAGCUUUGUCCUCAAUGCUUCUUUGUUCCACACACUCAUUGAUGGUUUUUGCAAGGCAGGCAAGGUGAACGAUGCUUGGAAGCUUUUGAAAAGAGCAGAGACAGUAUCUACUCUUGAUUCAAUCUCCUAUGGUACGCUGUUCAAUGCACUUUGUAAACAUGGAAAACCAUUUGAUGCUCAGUCCAUUCUUGAUAUAAUUUUGGAGAAGAGCUUUAAACUAGAUGGUAUUUCUUAUGUGGAACUGAUCCGUAACCUGUGUAAGGAGGAGAAGUUAGAUGAGGCAAGAACCAUCUUGAAUAAAAUGAUAGACAAAGGCUACACUUUUGAUUCUGCUGCAUAUAUCCCAUUAAUCAACAUAUAUGAUAAGCUAGGUAAAAGGAAUGAAGUUAGUAAACUCUGUGAUGCUAUGAUGGACAUGGCUACUCGCCAUGAUGCAUCCAAUGGAAGAGCGCCCCACCCAAAGGAAGAUUUUAGUUUUAGAGAAAAUUAUUGGCACUCUUUAUUGCAUAGGGAUGAAGGAAGCGCUGUAGCAACAAAAGCUAUAAAGAGAAUAGCUGAAGGCUGGGGUCGGGGCAACGUAGAGGACAUUUCAUCACACAUAUGGCAGUCUGAAUAGUCAAUAGAUGGCCAGUUAUCUUCAGUACUCAAGUACAGUUGAAUUGUUCAACAUUGAUAGACCUUUCGGACACUUCUACUUUAGGGUCAUAAGUGAUACACAUACAAAGAAGAGUUGUAACAGUCUUCCAUGAUCCUAAAUCUAAAUGAUUGGAUUGCUCUACAAGAACUUGAAAUAACAGUUUGGGGAAUGCAACCAUGUGAAGCAAGGCAACUGUAAUCUUCUAACUGAAUGGCAGGAACGACAUGGUUUUUAUCAGAAUCUUCUCCUAGUUGUAUGUGUGUGCCUGUAUAGAUCACCGAGGAUACUGUCUUUGGUAUCCUCCUCCUUUCUGUUCAUUACAUAAGUUUUUAACUUUUCCAAAAUCAUGCUAUAUUGGAAGGUGAUAAAGCUGAUUUUCAGGCAUGAGAGUUUCAAUUGAAAUUUCAAACUACAGAUUAAAAAAGGCAAUUUUCUUUGUAAUUGAUAUUUUUUCCUGGUUCAAAAAACAUUCUAAGCUGAUAAAAUUACUUGUCUGAUUGGCUGGAAACAUGGAGGUGCUCAUGGCCUAGCGAAGCAUACAAGAAAAUGUGGGGUUCUGUAUGUAAACAGCUUCAUCUACAUGAAAUUUCUUGGAGUGGGAAGUUAGGGCUGUUGCUUCUAUGCAGAAUUUGAGAGUUUUAGAACCGUAUGUAAUGUUCUCUCCGACACUACAAUUUUCACUGAACUGAGAGAGUUAAAAUGAAAAUCGAUGCUGAGGUAGUUGUGCCUUCAUGUCGGAUACAGGUCAAGUAUUUACCGAAGGUUUGAAUCGUGGACAAAGCAUAUGCAGCCUUCAAUUAGUUGAAGAAAGAUGAGAUGUUGCUUAUUGGUCAGGUUUGAGGUGUUAUGUUGGAAACCUUCUGUGAUAAGGAUAGGCUGGGGACAGUUCCUGUUAUUUACAGGGGAAGAAAAUUCUCCAAGUUUUAUUUAUAUUCAACCUUAUCCUUCACGCCUUGUGUAGGAUGCUUGAAGACAGGAUUCUCAUAAAGAUGGCAUAGAAAUUGGGAGAUAGUGGUUGCACUCACAAUGUGUUUGUAGUUUAUGUACACAACUCUUGCUAGAUUAUUCUGGAUUACAAGCUAAAUACAGCUUUAUCUGGAACUUUUGAAGUAUAUGCAAUUUUAGAGAUGCAACGUCAAAUGAAACAUGUGUUACCAUCCUAAAUGCUCUAAACAAACAUAUUAACUAUAGAGGAAGCAGACAAGUGGUUUAAAAAUUAUCAAAUGAUGGGCUUGUUUUUAAUGUCAUCGAUUGCAAUAUUCAUGUUGGUGUAUUUCAAUCUUGAAGGGAAUGUUGAAGAAGCUUUUUCCUCAUGUUAGACAUGAUUGAAUUCAAGAUAACUGUAGAUAUAUUUUCCAAAAGCCAAGUUGUAUGUAGGUUACGAUCUUGUGCAGAACAGGAAGAACAAUUGGCAUUCCUAUUAUGCACUCAUAUAGGACAUUCCUUAAAGCUGACUGGCCAAAUGCAAACAAUUUAAAGAAGUUGUUAACAAUAGAUUUACUGUAGAUAUGAGAUAUCUAUUGCGAUAUGUGAAUUCAUCUUGUGUAGGAAAGUUAUGAUCUCCAAUACAGAUAGGAAUCUAAGCACAGUGACAGAGAAUGAGCUGCACCAAGCAGUGUGGAUUCUAUGUAAUUCUUGUAGUUUAUUGAAAGAAAGACAGGUUUGCAUGAGAUUGCAAAGACAGAUUUGCAUUAGAUUGCAAGGAAAGAUUUGCCUGAGAUUGCAAGGAAAGAUUUGCAUUAGAUUGCAAGGACAGAUUAGCGUGAAGCUGAUCACUUGGUAGAUGAAAUUCUGAGCAAAGCAUAUUUUCCUAAAAUUAGUACCAAAAAACUAUACAAAGUCUUUGAAGAGGAAGAUUUUUAGCAACAGACCAACUUGAAAGGAGAACACGUUUGAAAGGUUUUGAUUGAUAUAACAUAAGUCUUAAUACUACGAGUGAUGCGAUUGCAUUCGGUUUUCUGGCAUUGUUGCUAUCUAAAAUCUCCACUGGAACUGGAAGUAUGACUCUUCUCUGGGAUUAUUAAAUAUAAAGAAAAGCAAAAUGUGCGGUAAUAUUGUGACCUAUGCCUAGUCAUUGACAGUAUGUCCGAUGGCAUAUUGGAUGAAGCAAAAAAAGGAAUUCUUUCGGAAACUAUAUUGGAAUCCUCACAAGCUUGAGAAUGAAUCACACUGUCAAGUCUUUGCCUGCUAUUUGUUCAACUUCUUGUGUAGUUUUGCUGCACCACACAAUCUCUUUGGACCUCAUAGCCUUGGUCUGCAGCACUUGCAGUGCCCUAUGCAGUUUCCUUGGCUGCUAUAGCCCUAUGAAGACACAAUUCCCUAUACCUGCCGUUUUACUAGCUUGCAGAUCAGUCAAUAGCCUAAACUUUCCUUUAUUGGUUUCCUCUAUUGGCAUCAUGUUCUGUGGCCUGCAAUACCACGUGGUCAACUAUCUCCUUUUUAGCCCCGCUACAAACACAACCAUGCUUAUUUAAUUAUGCCUUAGCCUAGCAUUCUCAUUCUCCAUAUGUGGAAUCAGCAACCUGCUUGUGGUAUUUUCAGUUCUGCAUUCAAAUACUGUUCUCAUUUCAAUAGAAGCUGAAUCUACAUAUCAAAGCAGAAAUGACAUAAACGAGGAAAUGGCAAUGGGAAUGACAUGGACUGGUCAUUAUGAAUUAAUGCAAUUAAUAUCAGAUAUCCUAAUGAAAUAGUUGACUGUUGUACAUCUCCCCACUUUAGCUUCUACUGGUCAUGAUUUUACAUAUCUUAACUUUGUAAACGGUUUCCAUCAGUAAGGAAAGUAUAUUAAACA